CCGCUGGGUGUCGGGAGGGUCUCAGCGGUGGGUGCUGCCAGGAGCCAGCCCGGGUCCUGCGGUGGGUGCUGGACGUGGAGCGCUGAAGCGCUCUGCCCCCUUCCCGGCGAGGGAGAGGUGGGCCCUUUUCCAAACCCUGAGAACUGCAAUUGUCCUUCCCUUUCUGUGCAGGGGAGGGGAAGGAUGCUGCCUUUGGAGAUUCUCAGUGGUGCUCCUUAAUCAAGCAGACGGGUUUUGACUCCUUUUGUCACUGUGCUAUUUUGGUUUUUUCUUUUCUUUUUUUUCUUUUCCCACUAAACAUCCCAAGCGUUUUCAGCCUCUGGCUCAAAGAUCAGAGAGCAAGAGAGCCAGCUCUCCUAAUCGUGAAUGAACUGCUCGUUUUGCUUGCUUGUGCAAGCAUAAUGUGGUGUCUUUGUAGUGGAAGGGGAAGGAAAAAAAAAACAACCACUUUUGGAAAAUACUUGUCAUUCAAGAUAACCCAACGUGCUUUACCGGGAGCUGCAGCAGAGCAGUGAGGGAUAUAUUUAGCUCACUGUGUGCUCAGGAUUGCUUUGCCUUUGGCGUUUGGGAUUCCUGUGCUGGGGCAAGUAGCAGUGGCUAGAAUGUGUGUGAAGAUUUCCCUCUGCCUCCUCCCCUUCCCCUCCUUUGAGCCAGGCUUGGAAACCCGCACAACCCAAUUCAGAUGGUCAUUUAGAUAGGAUACCUGCUGAGUGCAUAAUCCCUCAGUUACAGUAGCACCAAUGGCCCUAUUGUGCCUAGUGCUGUGUAAGUGUAAUUAACACCCUACCUCUGCAAGCAAGGUUUGCAGGCGCAUGUGUAAGAACUGUAUAUUCCCCAUAGUAACUCUUCUCAUUUGCCUAUUUAAGAAAAAAAGCUGCUGGUCACAAAACGACCUUGGGGAUUUUUUUUUUUUUUUUGAAGGACAUGUUGGUUAUUUGGCAGGGGCAGCCCUGUAACCUGGGGAAUGUUUGUUGUGCCCCUUGAAAGCUUGCCCAGAGUUGGCCAAAUUAUAUUGUCAGUAUACAAAGUUAUUUGAGACUUGCUUCUAAACAGUAUGAAAAGGCUGGCUGUGUUUUUAGUAUAUUCUAAUUUAAGUUCCUACUUUGAGACAGAUCAUUGUUAGAAAUACAUACCACGCAUGGGUACGGAUAGUAGAGUAGCAGGAAUAUUUUUCUUCCUUCCCCCCAUUUCCACUUUUGCCUGCAGAAAAUAAGUUGGGAAAAGCUCUUUCACCGACUGACCCUUCUCAAUGCUUAUCACUCAGAAAAUCUUUACCUUGGGAGACAGGCAAGCACCAAUCACUCUUUUUAAUAGACUUUUAGAAUAAAAUAAAGGGAACUCAGAAAGCUAGGAAUGAAUUUAUUUUUAGUAUCACAAUCUGAGUGGUGUUCGCUUAGCUCUCCUGCAAGCUCCAUGCGCUGUCUGUAUGGCCUUGGCUACACUUACUAUAGCAUUUACUCAUGUUUUUUUCCCCAAGGCAAGGGAUAGAUCCCAUGAAGUUCUCAGUUCUCUGUGGUCCACAUAUUAUCCCCUCUUUAUCAAGUGUUAUCCCCUCUUCAUCGGAGGAUCUAUGGCCAGAAUCAGUCUUGUGUUUCCCUGCCUUGUUUAGCCUAGAGGUGAAAUUUAAUGUGGCUUGGUGCUUUUUUACAGCUACUGUGUGACUUGGGUACAUGCAUCAACAUUAACUGAUGGUGCUUGUUUUAAUUUGCAAUGUAUGUAGGCAUUUUGUAUAUGUUCAUAUAGUAGGGAGCAUCACAUUUAUAGAUCAGAUAUUCAAAGGAAAUGCUUAACAGCAACGUGGUAUCCAGCUGAGUCAGCAUAUUAGCAUCUUCUGUAGUUUGUCGCUGUCCCUUUGUGUAUACAACAGUUUGUGUGUAGGUCACUUCAGGAAGACACGUGUGUUUAAAUAGCUUUAAACUGGUGGCCUUCACUGGCUUUGCUGAUCUGUGUUUUGGAGUAAAUCUCCCUUUUCUCCUCUGCAACUCAUCUGGGCUGCCAAAUGUAGUAUAAUUCCACUAUCCCUGGUUCCUGUAAAGGCUUGGUCCUGAUCUUACUUGCUAAGCCAACAGAGACCUAUUUUGCUGUUUCUCUGGGCUAGUCUUCUGAUGUGUUAUCAAGUGCAAGUGGCUCAUGGAGGAGUCCAGCGGCCCAGUCAGUGCUGGCAGAGGAAGAACAAGUUUCUGAUAUUAUCCAGCCUUGGGAGUUUGUGCCAAGGACCUUCUUGAGCCUGCACGAGCCUGAUGUUGCCACUUUGCGUCGUGACACUAGAGGUUUGGAUGCCUCCGGAUCCCAUUCUUUCGUGGAGGUCGAGCCUCCGUCCCUGCAGGAGGCUCUGCGGGACGGUGUCCUGCCGAGCCCUGCCUGUGGAAACUGGCUGUCCCCAGAGCUGCUGGAGCAUUGUUUCCUUGAGUGGUGUGGCAAUGCUUCCUAAUAAAAUUCCCUUGGUUUUCUUGAAAAAGUCCUUUCUUGAAAAUUCUCCAGCACGGAAGUUUCAUCACUCACUCUUAAGUAGACUCAGUUGCAAAGCCAUGUGUUUGAGCGGGACGUUGGGAGCAGAUGUCAGCAGAUCUGUGAACGUGCUCAACGAGAAACCGUGCGGAGGGCGGCAGGCGAGCAGGGAGAGACGUGGUGGACGGUGCUGGCGAUGGGGUGUAGCAGGAGAGCACAGCGAUGGAGGGCUGUGGUAGAGAAGAGGGGACUGGAGGUUGCAGAAAACGUAGAGGAAGGGACAGGCGGUGGCAGGGCGUAGCGAGACGGCUGUGCGUGGGGCUGUGCCUUUGGUUGUUGUGGAUAGGGGUAGGAGUGAGCGGGUGGCCUGGAAGGAUGGUAGUUCAACUUGGCUUUCCAGCCCUGCUAGGAGGAAGAGAUGCGAUGCCCCUGUCUCCUUCGAAACCAAGCUGGGACGAUGCAACCGGUAACCGUCGGUGAAGGUUCACCCUCCUAUCUUUGCUGAAAAGGCUCCGUUUCUGUUACUUCAGCCUCAGAAAUUCUCACUCCACGCUGUCUCUUUUUCCCCUGCGCGUGCUACCCUCUUCCAUUUCAGGACUUGCGAACAGACCCAGAGCAGCGGCCGCCACCGCCACGGAGUCGCAAGAUGGUGGAAGAGGGAUGGCUGUAAAAUGGCGGCUGGGAGCCUGGCUGCGCGCCCUGCGCCGAAGGGAUUUCUGGAGCAGGUUCCCGCGGCGUUCGGCUGCUGCCCUCUGCCCGCUCCCUGGGAGACGGCAGCCGGGAGCUGAGCUGCUGAUGCAUGAGCUGCUGGGGGCCAGCCCCCUUAGGUUUCACAGAUACCUGAAGAAUUUUUAUCUGAGAGUGGAAAACUGGCUUCCGUGGUGUGUGUAAAUGAGCCCUGUUUGCAUGUGGAUAUACCUAUGAAUAGUAGCUGACUCUAGCGAUCCCCUCUCUGUAGCGUGUAUUGAUUUCUGUAGACCUUCACUCGGCAUCCGAAGAAGCCUCUGGCUCUGACUCUGCAAGCCAGUCUGAAAGUGAGCAGGGCAGCGAGCAGGGCAGCGAGUCAAACAGCAGCUCGGAGUCCUCUGAAAGUCAGUCUGAAUCCGAAAGUGAAUCAACAGGUUCGAAAUCCCAGCAGACCCCUCCUGAAACCAAAGAAAAACCGGCCUCUAAGAAGGAAAGGAUAGCAGAUGUUAAAAAGAUGUGGGAAGAAUAUCCUGAUGUUUAUGGGGUUAGGAGGUCAAACCGAAGCAGACAAGAACCGUCGCGAUUUAAUAUAAAAGAUGAGGCAAGUAGUGAAUCUGAAAAUGAGAGCCCAAAAAGAAGAGGCCAGAAGCAAAUGAAAAAAACAAGUAAAUGGAAAAGAGAGGUCUCUGGUGAAGAAGAGGAUGAAGAUGGAGGGGAGCAAGGCACCAGUGGAGAGAGUGAGCCUGAACCGAAGAAAGUUAAAGCAAGAAGACCUGCCCAAAGGAGAACAGUGGCCAAAACUAGUGUUAAAAAGCCUCACAAAACCCAGCGUGGGAAGAAGAGAAAGAAACCAGACUCAUCUGAAGAUGAUGAUGAUGAUGAAGAUGAUGAGACUCCCAAGAGACAAACUCGACGAAGAGCAGCCAAAAAUGUCAGUUACAAAGAAGAUGAUGAUUUUGAGACGGAUUCUGAUGACCUGAUAGAGAUGACUGGGGAAGGAGCUGAUGAACAACAAGACAACAGUGAAACUAUUGAGAAAGUCUUGGACAUCAGGCUUGGAAAAAAAGGAGCCACUGGUGCUUCCACCACAGUGUAUGCAACUGAAGCCAAUGGCAACCCAAGCGCUGGCUUUGAUCCUGAAAAGGAUGAGGGAGAAGUUCAGUACCUGAUCAAAUGGAAAGGCUGGUCAUACAUCCAUAGCACAUGGGAGAGUGAAGAGUCCCUGCAGCAGCAGAAAGUGAAGGGCCUGAAAAAGCUAGAAAACUUCAAGAAAAAAGAGGAGGAGAUCAAGCAAUGGCUGGGCAAGGUAUCACCUGAAGAUGUAGAAUAUUUCAACUGCCAGCAAGAGCUAGCUUCAGAGCUGAACAAACAGUAUCAAAUAGUGGAGAGAGUAAUUGCUGUGAAGACCAGCAAGUCUGCGACAGGGCAUUCAGAUUUCCCAGCAAACAGUCGCAAAACAUCCUCAAAUGACCCAGAAUACCUGUGUAAGUGGAUGGGGCUGCCCUAUGCCGAGUGCAGCUGGGAAGACGAGGCUCUGAUAAGCAAGAAAUUUCAGCACUGCAUUGACAGCUUCAACAAUCGUAACAACUCCAAAACGAUUCCUACCCGGGACUGCAAGGUGUUGAAGCAGAGACCGAGGUUUGUUGCCUUGAAGAAACAGCCUUCUUACAUUGGUGGUGAGAACCUGGAGCUGCGAGAUUACCAGCUGGAGGGCCUCAACUGGCUUGCUCACUCAUGGUGCAAGAACAACAGUGUGAUCCUGGCUGAUGAAAUGGGCCUGGGCAAGACAAUUCAGACAAUAUCAUUCCUGUCAUACCUCUUCCAUCAGCACCAGCUGUAUGGCCCUUUCCUUGUUGUGGUGCCCUUGUCCACUCUCACCUCAUGGCAGAGAGAGUUUGAAGUGUGGGCACCCGAGAUAAAUGUGGUGGUUUACAUCGGAGACCUCAUGAGCAGGAACAUGAUACGUGAAUAUGAGUGGAUCCACUCUCAGUCUAAAAGGUUGAAAUUCAAUGCACUUAUUACAACAUAUGAGAUCCUUCUCAAGGAUAAGGCUGUUUUGGGAAGUAUUAACUGGGCCUUUCUAGGCGUGGAUGAAGCCCAUCGGUUGAAAAAUGAUGACUCUCUGCUGUACAAAACGUUGAUUGAUUUCAAGUCCAACCACAGGCUGCUGAUCACUGGCACCCCACUUCAAAAUUCACUCAAAGAGCUCUGGUCUCUGCUGCAUUUCAUCAUGCCGGAGAAGUUUGAGUUCUGGGAAGAUUUUGAAGAGGAUCACGGGAAGGGUAGAGAGAAUGGCUACCAGAGCCUUCACAAAGUCCUGGAGCCAUUUCUCCUACGCAGAGUGAAGAAGGAUGUGGAGAAAUCUUUGCCAGCCAAAGUGGAGCAGAUCCUCCGGGUGGAAAUGUCUGCUUUGCAGAAACAGUAUUACAAGUGGAUUUUGACAAGAAACUACAAAGCUCUUUCAAAGGGAACGAGGGGGAGCACAUCAGGUUUUCUGAACAUUGUGAUGGAGUUGAAAAAGUGCUGCAACCAUUGCUACCUUAUCAAACCUCCUGAGGAAAACGAGAGAGAGAAUGGCCUUGAGACCCUGCAGUCUCUGAUCAGGAGCAGUGGAAAACUAAUCCUCUUGGACAAGCUGCUGACCAGGCUGCGGGAGAGAGGCAACAGAGUGCUGAUCUUCUCCCAGAUGGUGAGGAUGCUGGACAUCUUGGCAGAGUACCUGACUAUCAAACACUACCCUUUUCAGCGCUUGGACGGCUCGAUCAAAGGGGAGAUCCGAAAGCAGGCGCUGGACCACUUCAACGCUGACGGCUCUGAGGACUUCUGUUUCUUGUUGUCAACACGAGCUGGUGGGCUGGGAAUUAAUUUGGCCUCUGCUGAUACUGUUGUUAUCUUUGACUCGGACUGGAACCCCCAAAAUGAUCUUCAGGCUCAGGCUCGGGCUCACCGUAUUGGACAAAAGAAGCAGGUGAAUAUUUACCGCCUUGUCACAAAGGGUACAGUAGAGGAGGAGAUCAUUGAGAGGGCCAAGAAGAAAAUGGUGCUGGAUCAUUUGGUUAUCCAGCGUAUGGACACCACUGGCCGGACCGUUCUGGACAACAACUCUGGGAGAUCUAACUCAAAUCCAUUCAACAAAGAGGAGCUGACAGCUAUUCUGAAAUUUGGAGCUGAAGAUCUCUUCAAGGAGCUUGAAGGGGAAGAGUCAGAGCCUCAGGAGAUGGACAUUGAUGAGAUUUUGCGUCUGGCUGAAACACGAGAGAAUGAAGUGUCCACCAGUGCCACCGAUGAGCUCCUCUCCCAGUUUAAGGUGGCCAACUUUGCAACCAUGGAGGAGGAAGAGACAGAGCUGGACGAGCGGUCCCAAAAGGACUGGGAUGAUAUUAUUCCAGAGGAGCAGAGGAAAAAGGUGGAGGAGGAAGAAAGGCAGAAAGAAUUGGAGGAAAUCUACAUGCUGCCUCGAAUCCGGAGCUCAACUAAAAAGGCUCAGACAAAUGACAGUGAAUCAGAUGCAGAAACUAAGAGAAGGCUUCAGAGAUCAUCUGGAUCAGAAAGCGAGACUGAUGAUACCGAUGAUGAGAAGAGACCAAAGCGCAGGGGGCGUCCUCGGAGUGUUAGAAAAGAUACUGUGGAAGGAUUUACUGAUGCUGAAAUCAGGAGGUUUAUCAAGGCUUACAAGAAGUUUGGAUUGCCCCUUGAAAGGCUGGAGUGUAUUGCCCGGGAUGCUGAGCUGGUGGAUAAGUCUGUGGCUGAUCUAAAACGGUUAGGGGAACUCAUCCACAAUAGCUGUGUGUCAGCAAUGCAAGAAUAUGAGGAGCAGCUGAAAGAAAAUCCAGGUGAAGCAGGGAAAGGACCUGGAAAAAGAAGAGGUCCUACUAUCAAGAUUUCUGGUGUCCAAGUCAACGUGAAAUCUAUCAUCCAGCAUGAAGAGGAGUUUGAAAUGCUGCAUAAAUCCAUUCCCACGGACCCAGAGGAAAGGAAGAAGUACCGCCUGACAUGCCGUGUCAAAGCUGCCCAUUUUGAUGUAGACUGGGGAGUGGAGGAGGAUUCUCGCUUGUUAGUGGGAAUUUACGAGCAUGGUUAUGGAAACUGGGAGCUAAUUAAAACAGAUCCGGAAUUGAAGUUAUCUGAUAAGAUCCUACCUGUUGAGACAGAUAAGAAACCUCAGGGAAAACAGCUCCAGACCCGAGUUGAUUAUCUGCUGAAACUGCUGAAGAAAGAUCUGGACAAGAAAGAAAACAUGAAAGAUGGGGAAGAGGGUAAGCUAAAGAAGAGGAAACCACGAGUGAAAAAAGAGAACAAGGCUCCCAAAGUCAAAGAUGAGCAUGGGAAUGAACUCUCUUCUCCUCGGCACUCAGACAACCAGUCAGAAGAAGGUGAAGUCAAGGAGGAUGGCUUGGAAAAGAGUCCAGUGAAAAAGAAACAGAAGAAGAAAGAGAACAAAGAGAACAAGGAAAAACAGACAACCACUAAGAAAGAAAAGGAAAGUGAUAAAGAGAAAAAGAAGACAAAAGACAAGAAGGAGAAGCCUAAAGGUGGUGAAGCCAAAUCUGGAAGUAAAGGGAAGAGAUCGCAAGGUCCCGUCCACAUUACUGCAGGGAGUGAACCAAUCCCCAUUGGAGAAGACGAGGAUGAUGAUCUGGACCAAGAAACGUUCAGCAUAUGCAAGGAAAGGAUGAGACCAGUCAAAAAAGCACUGAAGCAACUCGAUAAGCCUGAUAAGGGACUGACGGUUCAAGAACAGCUGGAGCACACACGCAACUGUCUCCUAAAAAUUGGGGACCGCAUCUCUGAGUGCCUUAAAGCCUACACUGACCAGGAUCAUAUCAAGCUAUGGAGGAGGAACCUGUGGAUAUUUGUGUCAAAAUUCACAGAAUUUGAUGCCAGAAAACUGCACAAACUCUACAAGAUGGCUCAUAAGAAAAGAUCGCAGGAAGAGGAGGAGCAGAAGAAGAAGGAGGACAUGUCCAGCAUGAAGAAGCCGUUCCGCCCGGAGCCUUCAGGCUCCAGCCGCGAUUCUGUGAUGUCCCAGUCUCACGUGCCUCACAAUCCUCAUUCCCAGAAGAUCCACCUGCCCCCUUCCCAUGCCCAGCAACAGAUGCACGGGCAUCCGCGUGACAACUAUGGCCAUCCAAACAAGAGACAUUUCAGCAACACAGACCGAGGAGAAUGGCAGAGGGAUCGAAAGUUCAACUAUGGUGGCAACAGCAACCAGAUGUGGGGUGGAGAGCGGCAUCACCAGUAUGAGCAGCACUGGUACAAGGACCACCACUACGGGGAUCGACGAUCUCGUGGAGAGCCCCACCGGAGCUCUGGGAACUACAGACCAAAUAACCUCUCCCGCAAGAGGCCAUACGAACAGUACAACAGUGACCGAGACCACAGAGGCCACCGAGAUUAUUACGACAGGCACCACCACGAUUCCAAGCGUCGAAGAUCUGAUGAGUUCAGGCCUCAGAACUACCACCAGCAGGAUUUCCGACGGAUGUCUGAUCACAGGCCACCCAUGGGAUACCAUGGCCAAGGACCUUCGGACCACUACCGGUCUUUUCACACAGACAAAUCGGUAGAUUACAAACAGCCUCUCCCUCCACCUCACCCUGCAGUGUCGGACCCUCGCUCACCCCCCUCUCAGAAAUCUCCCCACGAUUCCAAGUCACCUCUUGAUCACAGGUCACCUCUGGAUAGGUCCUUAGAACAGAAAACCAAUCCAGAUUAUAACUGGAACAUUCGGAAAACAUAAAGUGACUGAGAGGGGGAAAGCGCACGUCUGAAAUACUUGGUUUGAUGCAACAGUGGCUGGUUUCUCCAAGCCAGCAACCAGGAACUCUGAACAUGCUGCUAUCAUCUUGCUGGGUCAAGGAGGAUUUUGGGGGAGUAGGUGAAGGAAGAUUUUCCCUAGCUCUUGGUUCUGGUUUGGAUUCCUGUUUCCUUUCCCCUCUUCUACCAUUGAAUGCUGGAACCAGCCUUGCUGCCUCAUUCUUUGUUUUGUUUUUGUUUUCCCCAAUCCAGUGGACCCAAGGGAAUAUUCCCUAGCCAGUGUUUCCCCAAACCAAGAAGGCGGAUCGAUGCUGCUUAGGAUUGUGCAGAAGGCUGUGUGCCUCUUCUGACUUGAUGUUACAUGACAGAUGCUGCUUUGGGGUUGGGGAUAAACUGGUUGGGCUGUUUAACCAGCAUAGGGCAAUGGGAGGAUAUAUUCAAGGAGGGACAGGAGAGUCCCUCAGCAGACAAGCUUGGUUGAAAGAGGGACUUGAUGUCCCUGCAGAGUGACUCCAAAGGAGUUGGAGCCAUGCUGGUGACAAUCCAUUGCUUUCCUGGCCACACUAUCAUUUCCAUGUCUUUAUCCAUUUCAAGAAACUGGCUCUGCUUUGAUUGUGUCCCCUGCAACAGAAGAGGUAUGGGGGACCUUCCUCCUAUCUCCAGAGCUGGAACUGGCAAAUCUUGACUUUGGGGGGCUUUGGGAUAUGUGAAAAAAAGACAGACUUCCUUAACAAAGUCUUAGUUCACUUCCCACCAGUAGGAAAGAAAUUGGGUUGACAACAAUAUUUCCCAGUGGACAGGACUCAGGAAUUCAUAACAGAACGCCUCUUCUCUUCUGACAUGGGCAGCUUGGAUGAUCCAGGAGCUAACAGAUGUUGGCUGGGAGCUGCAAGGUCAAAAAAUGGCUCUAGGCAUCUGGGGAUCCUGAAGCACCUAAUCUCCCUGCCACUAAAGUCUGGUCUUUGGGCAUCAUUUCUCUCUGCGCUUCGCGAAACAGUGAUCACAAACCCUUACUGCAACCAAAGGAUAAGGAUGGUAGAGCAGAGUUAAACAGGAAUCCAAUGGACUGAUCACUGUUCAGCGAACUGUCACCUUCCUGCCACUGUUCCAGCAGUCAGCAGUAACUCUGAAUUGCUAAGAGUACCUGCACUGAAAGACCUUCUGUCUGUCUAAACUGGAAAUGUGCCUGGGGGCUUAGCACCUAAGUGAGCAGGGAGACAAUAAGGAAUUCAGGACUGAGUCCUUAAAAAUCCUUGGAGCAAAUGUCUUAGGAGCCCAGCAUGGCAGAGGGAAAAGAGGAGUCUGCAGCCCAGCUCGGUGGACUUCAGAGCAAACACUCCUCCAAGUAUUUGAGCCACAGCGUAUGAUGCAGAACAGUGUCCAGCCUGGAGACAGGUGUGGUGAGAGGGGUUGUGCACAGAUUGCUGGCCAGAAGUAGCUUGGGUGAUUAUUUUUCAGGUCCUAGGUCUUUGUUUGUAGAGUCACAUCCCUGGAGACCACAAAGCUCUCCCAACAGCUGGGCUGCCCAGAGCGUGGUGUCUGGGGAUGCGACAUCUCCCGGAGCUCAGUAUUAAAGACCAGGCUGUUCCAGACUCCUUUUUGGUGGGGGAAUGAAGCUGGGCCCCCUACUGAGAUGCCAGUAUCUGACCCUAAUAAGCUGUCGUGUCCUUUCCCCGAAAGACUUCAGGGGAGAUGGGUGUUCAGGGCUGGCUUCCUGACUCCAGCCAGUGCCUUGGAAGGCGCACACAAACCGACACUAAUACCCCCAUGUUGCCCCUCCAUGCAGUGCAUCCCUUGAAAUCUGCGGCUGUUAGUCACUCCUUUCUGAGCCCACUGCUUUAAAGGGACAGACAGGAAGUGUUUUGCUCCCCUUUUGUUUUUAUUUUGCAAGAUUUCUACCAAAUGCAGGGCAGUUUUGCUUCCUUAGGGGCACUGUUCUGCCCCAAGAAAGUGUUACGCUUGUGUUUACUUGUGCAGGAGGAGGUGAAGGCAAGUCUUCCACAGUCCCCCUUGGAGCUGCUGGGUUGAUGAGAGGUGUUGAGAUAGCAUGUUUCCGCGGUGUUUCUCACUAAGCUGUGAUUGCAGGCACGCUUUGUUGUGAUAUUCCGCAAAGAGGUCCUUUCUUUUCAGAGGUAUUAGCUUUUAAUGUGAAAAUGGAAGAAACCUCGGAGGUGCAAAGAGUUGCUCUUUUUGUUCACCAAGUGGUGCUAUCGUGAUAGAAAGUUCGUGCCAUACACUUGUAGCGAAAUGCAAUACUGGCCAGACCAGUGUUAUGGUUGGUGCAGGAAAACUUUGAACCCCAGCAAGAGGCAUUUUCUGUGUCUAGACAUGGGGGUUUCUGCUCAUCCUGGGUUCCAGGUAUGAAGUUGGUUGUGGUUUCCUUCUUGCGCAACAGCAAAAGCUUUACCCAUAUCCACCGAAGAGCUGUCCCUGCUGUUACGUUAGCCUGAGACUGAAGUCACAUAGUUUUGUUCACUCAUGGUGGGUGGGUCUUCACUGGGUUUGGCUUUAAUGAAGCUGGAGAACUAGAUUUGGGAGAAAGUCCUCCCUGAGUGCGCACACACAUGCAUGCAUUUUAUGUCCUCUCAACAUAGGGACCAUAACCAGACACAGUCAUUUGGAUGUGAGCGGGAUCGGAGGGGACAGGUCCACAGCCAUAAACUUCACUGCGGUGUUUGUGACAACAUCUGGUACAGCUCUUCUUUCCAGACCAGCUGCGGGAUUCCCUCUAGCCUCUUUGCAGGAAAAAGUAGCAACUUGCUGGGUUUUUAUUUUAAAAAAAAUUGUUUUUCAGCCUGACCUUUUGGGAAAUGGUGUAAACUUGUGAAUUCACAUGAUGGAAGUCCUGCAGACUGAAACACGCUGCAGGGACAGGCGAUGUGGUGCCCAACCAAAAUGGAUACUUAACAGUGCUCUGAAGUCCUUACAUGAACAGUUUAAGUGAUCCAUGCAGAAAUACUAUUCUGCUUUCAGCCGUUUCCUCCCGACCUCCUCCUUCCCUCUGGGGAGAGAAGGUCUCUUACUGUAAAAAUGUGGACUUUUAAACCUGUUGACUAAAAACAGUAAUUAAUAUUAAUUUAUAUUUGUGAAAAAAUGCCACUGUCCUAGUGAUUUCUGAUGUAAAUAUGUUGUUUAUAUAGUAUGUAUUAAAUUUUCCUACAUUGUAAAACUGCUGUACUUUUGAUUCUUGUAUAUUAAAAAGUGUUACUGAGAUUUUCA